AUGCCUCCUUCUACUAUAUCGGAAAAAGACAAAGUUAACAUUGCAAAAUUACGAGAAGCUGUUAAAGAUGAGCUUACUCCAUACUACGACACCGAAUUCAACUUAUUGCGAUGGCUCCAAGGUCAUAACUACAACUUUGACAUUUUACUACCAAAAUUAAGGAAUCACUUACUCCUUCGAAAGUCAAAAUGGGAUUUGGACAUGAUGGCAAGCAAACCUCGUAAUCAUCCGUUACAUACUUACUGGAAGGCUGGUAUAACUGGCCCAGCAAUAAAAACUCCAAAUGCUAUUGUUAAUAUCGAGCAAACUGGACGAAAUGAUUACUGGGGAAUGAUACAGACAUUCUCAUUAAAUGAAAUUAUGAUGGCCAGAACUCAGGAUCUUGAAUUGUUGCUACGUGAAAUAAUGGAAAUGGAGAAAAAAACUGGCCAACAAGCUUCCAUUAUAUAUGUGAUGGAUUUGACCGAUUUGAAAUAUGACAAACGUUUGUUGACCUUAAUGACUGGUCCGUUGGCCGGUAUAUCAGCAUUUAUGAGUGACCAUUACGUAGAGAUGAUCCACAGAUUUGUGCUCAUCAAUGCACCGCCAUUCAUGGCUUCUAUCUGGACAAUCGUAAAACCGCUGCUACCAGAACGAACUCGGCAGAAAGUUUCUAUAUUUGGCUCAAAUUGGAAAACCGAAAUUCAAAAUGUUGCUGUUCCAGAAGCAUUGCCAGCAUAUUGGAAUGAUGACAAAAUAAAGAUAUUUAAAGCAGAAUUAGAGCUUGCUAAAGCGCUCGAUCCACAAUAUUAUCAUAAAAAAAAAGUUGAUGAAAAGAGUAAAGUGUUAUCAGUUGGUGCUGGAAAAACGGGUACAAUUGAUGUGAAUGUUAAACAGGGUUCUGUUAUAAAAUGGUGCAUUCAUGCUGAUGGACAUUUUGGAUUCACUAUUUUUUACGUCAAAGAUCAGUCCUGUGAGAAUUCCAAUUCACUAAUUAAUGUUUAUCCCUUAUUAAUGAAAAUGCCUGGACCAACUGUGGUACCAAUCAGGGAGGAAAUUAAAUGUAACAAAAGUGGCACAUAUAAAAUUUGGUUUAGUAACGAACAUGCAUGGCUGCACACAUUGAAUAUUCAUUAUGUGAUCAAUAUUGAAUCAGAAAAUAAAUAA